CUUUGUAGAGAGCAUGCAAGCCUGUUUAUGUAUGUAUAACAAUAAAUAAACUCACCAUACAUAUCAGUUUUAAUUUUUAUUUCUUAUUUUCAAAACUGUGACUGUAAUCAAUUUGCUUUCACCAAAAGACUAAUAAUCGUUCUAAUAUGAUGAAACAAGACCUCAAGUUAUGGCUAAAGAUUUAAUAUUUUACUGUAGGGCACAGUCAUAGCAUUCAAUAGUUUCUUAUUACUGGGGUAGAGUAUGCAUUUCCAUGUAAUCCAUAUUUUCAACAUUGGACCCGGUUUUUCAUCAUUGCUUUGCUUUUAAAAAUACUUUAAAAGAUUGAAAAGUGAUUUUUUUUUCAAUAUGUAUAAAUUUACAAUGAAAAACUAAAAAGAAAGCCCUUUCAAGAUGUCUAUAAUAAUGACUCUGAUAUCUCAACAUAAUAGCGCAGAUUUCUUGCAGCCCUUCAUGCUUAGUAAAAGUAAAAUAUUAUUGACCUAAUUUCUGAAAAUAUUAAUAAUUGAGAUUAAGAAGGUUUAGAAAUCAGAAAUAUUAGGAAAAAGAGAUUUUUUUUCUAUUGUUAGAAGUUAGUGUUUUAAUGGCUGCCAUGAGAUUUAUGCCUUCUCCUUCAUCUGGAAUGCUGCAAUCAUCAAAUGGAGAUCUGAGAGUAAAUUUACAGACCACGCCGAAACUCCCCAAAAGGGAAAGACUGGCAUCUUUUUCUCGCUUAAUAGCGUCCGAAAAUUUUAAGGAACUCAGACCUGAAAAAAUAGAAGCUCGAAAAAAUAUCAGACGAUCGUUUAAAAAGUUGAAUUGGAAUAUCGAAGAUUUACCUGAUGUUCGGAUUUCUCCGAGUAGUCCAGCUUCUGCAACGCAAGAUCAGUUUGGGGUCAUGUCUAAGAUCAAGGAAGCUGGGAACUCUGGAUUUCUGUCUCUACCGUUCUCACCAAAACUGAACCUAUCUCUUAAGUAUGAAUCUCCUACGUACAAGCAACCGACUCCUAUGAGAAGUCCCCUGUACGCCUUUGAACGUAAAGGUGUAUUCCUUGGCAGAGGAUCUUUUGGAAAUGUUACACUGUGUACAUAUAAAGGAUCAAAAAUUGCUUUGAAGGUUAUUCAUGAUAAAACUACUUUCAUUGGCGAGCGUAAUUUCAUAAAUAUACGUCAUCCUCAUUUAGUAUCCAUUCUACAUAUUACUACUCUACUGGACAAAGUAUUCAUAUGCAUGGAGUUUGCAGGACAAUGUAACCUCCAGCAAAUUCUUGAUACAAAAAGCGAACUGGAUUUCCCAAGAAGACUAAGCUUCACGAUUCAGAUUGCUCUGGGAUUACGACAUUGCCAUCAACGUCGCAUUGUCCACGGUGACGUUAAACCUGCUAAUGUGAUCGUGAGUCCAUUUGGAGUUUGCAAACUGGGUGAUUUUGGCCACAGUUUUAAACUGGAUUCUUUCGUCAAUAAUCUGUGGAUGCAAAAUGAGGACGUCAUUGGAACAGCUUUUUACGCGGCUCCUGAAGUCUUAAGGGGCGCCUCACCUACCUUAUUUUCUGACAUUUAUUCAUUUGGCAUAUUACUGUGGCAAGUGCAUACAAGGGAGCUUCCUUUUGCUGGAGAACAUCCUCAUGUUAUAAUCUAUAAAGUUGCACAUUACGGAUUCAGACCAAUGUUCCAAGCUCCCUCUUGUGACGCUUAUGAAGAAACUGCUAAAUGUUGUUGGUCUGAAGAGCCAAGUCUACGUUUGAAUAUAGCCGCUGUGAUACACAAGCUUCAAGAAAUUAAGAAGAAUGUUCAGAAAUGCGUCACAAAAUAGAUUCUAGUUACCAAAUGAUCCUUGCGUAUUUUAUCUAGAGACAUUUUAUAAUUGUUUUGUCGUUUGUAUAUAUAAAAAGAAUAAUCUAAUUUGUUUUUCUUUUGUAAUACAUUAUUUAUUUGCAUAUCGAAGUUGGAAUAUUUUCAGUGAUAUUGUUUUGAUUACAUUUUAGUAAAGUGCAAUUAAAACUA